GUGGGGGGUAUAAUAAGAGUCCCCAAACUUGAGUGUCUCAGUGUCAGUUGUGUGUAAUUCUCCCAUUCUGCAAGGACUGUGCUGCAUUCGAAUCAGCCUUCUCUGUGAUGAAUUUUUUCCAGGACUCUCAGUCUGAUUUGGAGGUUAUCUUAGAGUUCCUAGAGGAGUACCACAGGCAAAGCAAUGCAGAAAAUGUAGACAAGGUGCACUGGAAUGCAGGUGUGCCUAUCGAGGAACGAAGUGUACCUGUGGAUGAAACACACAAGCAACACUGGGCAUACUGUGAGCCACCUCCUUUCCUUUCACAAGAUGUCGCAGCAGGACUCAGCCAAAACACAACAGCUACACAGUCAACCUUUGCAACAACAAGAAAAUCAACCAAACACCCAUCCGCAGCAGUGGGGAGUGGUAAAAGGGUGCGACUCUUUCACUUCCUUUUUGAGAUGCUGGAAAAUCCAAACAUGGCCCACUGUUUGUCCUGGGUGCCAGCCGCUGCCGGCGUUUUCCGCUUUUCCUCCAGGAAUAAGGACCAGGUGGCGGCACUCUGGGGGCAGAGAAAAGGGAACAAGAGACCCAUGACCUACCAGAAGAUGUCCAGGGCGCUUAGAAACUAUGCCCGGUCUGGAGAGAUCUUCAAGGUGAAGAAGAAGCUCACUUACCAGUUUAGCCGAGACACCCUGAUGUUGCUGCAGAAGUGUCAUCGAAGAGAUUUGUAA